UUUACGGCUUCCAUGUCUUCUCUCUAAAUCUCUCUCUUUCCCCCUCUCAAUGGAUUCUAAAUUUUUUUCCCAUUCUCCUUUUCAUCUAAAACCCCCUUUUGUCACAUUCUCUCUGCCAUGGUGACCACCACCAUCCCUCAACCCCAAAACACCCUAAUUCAAAGCGUUCUCAUUGUCGGUAAUUACUGCCACGAUGUCCUUCUCCACGACGGCGCCGUCGUCGCCGAAACCCUCGGUGGAGCCUCCUCUUUUAUCUCCAACGUCUUUACCGCCCUCUCUGUUUCUUCCCAUUUAACAUCAAAAGUCGGGUUCGAUUUUAAAUACCCGGUUAAUCACGACCCCAUCGUGAUUCCCACGUCCAAAUCCACCGUUUUCCACGCUUAUUUCGGUCAGGGCCACACCGAUAAUGCUCAUCAGGAUCGGGUCUUGAAACGUGUCGAAGUCUGUGAUCCGAUCAAUCCAUCGGAUCUGCCCGAUAAAAGGUUCGAUUUCGGAAUGGCCGUUGGGGUCGGCGGGGAGAUAUUGCCUGAAACGCUGGAGAAAAUGGUUGAAACAUGCGACGCCGUUUUCGUCGAUAUCCAAGCUUUAAUCCGUUCUUUCGACAAGAACGAUGGGACGGUGAAGCUCGUGGGGUUAAAAGAGAGUGGGUUUUACCAUCUGUUACCGCGGGUAAAAUUUUUGAAGGCCUCAUCGGAAGAGGCGCUGUUUAUGGACUUAGAGAAAGUGAGGCAAUGGUGUUGUGUGGUGAUAACACGUGGGAAAGAUGGGUGUGAAGUUUUUUGGAAAGAUGGAGAAAUGAAAAUCGAGCCUUUUGGGGCUAACCAGGUUGAUCCGACCGGCGCCGGUGAUAGCUUUCUCGGUGGCUUCGUUGGCGGUUUGGUCCAUGGGUUGGUUGUCCCCGAUGCUGCUUUGGUGGGGAACCUUUUUGGGUCGCUUACUGUUGGCCAGAUCGGUCUCCCUAAGUUCGACUUGAGACUUUUACAGAGAGUCAAGGAUGAGGUGCAAAGAAGGAAGCUGCACAAUACAUGCGGGUUUGAGAGCGAAGAUGAUUCGAUUAGUUUCAUGAAGCCGGCCGGGCAUGAUAAGUUUCAUGCAUCCCUAGCUUCGACAAAGUUAGUUUCCACAUGCUCCAUUCAAGAAUGUCUACAGGAAGUGCCAAGAUCGCCGGGGAGCGUACAGCAGGCUAUCCGGCCUCCGUGUAACGGACAGCAAAAGUUGUUACUAGGUUCUGUUUAUGAUAAACCAAUUUAAGCAGUAGAGGACACGGCAUUUCCCCCCUUUGUGGUGAAUCAAAUAAGUUGGGCGGAGUGAAGAUAUCUCUACGAGCCUUUAAAUGAAAGUUAAUUCUACUACUAGCAUGAAUGCUUGCAUGCUAUGUAUAUUUGUGUCUA